CUUCGCAAUGUAUAGCACUUUCUAGUGGACAAGAAGUUGUCAGGAACGACCGAAUCUGCCUGUUUUUACGGCGUCAGCUUGUUCGGGAGACCAAUGACAUUCGACAUCCACAAAUGCUUGCAGUCAGGAACUUCGCUACCUCAGCAUUUAGCAUUUCAACUUUAAAUUUUGAAUUGGUUAAAAGACGACGAUACUCCUCUAUCUUCGAAUUCGAGGCAUAUUUUCCCCCCAGCCACUGCGUGAUAUCCAACUUCAAGACUAUCCGCCUUCUCACGUCGAAACACCAAUGGACGUCGUUCGGAAAAAUUCGGUCCUCUCGUCUAUCUCUGGAGGCUUGGCUAUAUGUGUCAUACUGGGCGUUGCUUAUCGCGCGAAGCAGCGAGCAAAUAAGUCUUCUCUACCUCUCCCACCAGGUCCUCCAGGAGGCUGGUUUACCCGGACGCCUUAUUCGUCGUUUCAGAUCAUGGAGUGGGUCAAGGAGUACGGCCCCGUUUUCUCGUUGCAGCAGGGAAGUGAAAGGAUGGUCGUCAUUGGGGGUCACCAAGAAGCCUAUGACAUCAUGGAAAAGGAAGGAGCUUAUCUGCAAGACAGGCCACGCUGGAUUGCUGCACGCGACAUGCUUUCAAAUGGACUUGACCCCGUUCUGGUAGGAGCUGGUGAAAGACUGAAGAAAUAUCCGAACGUCGGGUUGCAAGCGAAGGCUGCAGAGUCAUACGAGCCCAUUCAACUGGACAAUGCCAAGAACAUGAUUGUAGAUAUUCUGCAAGAUCCCAAGGAGCACGCAAAGCAUGCUCUACGAUAUGCAGUAGCUGCAGUCCUGCAGAUCACGUAUGGAAAGAACACGCCUACUACAAAUACAUCGCCUGAAAUCAUUCAAAUUGAAAGAAUACUAAAACGGUUCCAUUAUGCCAUGCGUCCCAACGGGUUUUACGUAGAUGGAUUCCCAUUUUUAAAAUACGUCCCAGGCUAUGCUAGCUAUCUCAAACAAUGGCAUCAAGAUGAGAUUGGGCUGUAUAGACGUCAACUGCAACGUGUUGAAGACGAGCUGGCGAGUGGAGACUCAGGACCGUCGUUUGCCAGGUAUCUGAUAGAAAACCCGAAUGAACAUGGUCUGUCAGAGGGAGAGAUGGCCUACCUUUCAGGGGCCUUCUACGGCGCAGGAGCAGAUACAACAGCGGUUGCCAUCACUAUCAUGGUCAUGGCGGCGGCACGCUUCCCAGAAGCCCAAGCUAAAGUACAAGAAGAGCUUGAUGAAGUCAUUGGCCAUGGCAGAGCCCCGUCUUUUGCAGAUCAAUCUCUUCUACCUCAACUCCAAGCAUGGAUACUGGAAACUUUGCGAUGGAGACCUGUCGUGUUGCUAGGUUUCUGUCAUCGCGCUACCAAGGACAUCGUCUGGAACAACUUCCUCAUUCCUUCUGGGACAACCGUACUAGGAAACCACUGGACCAUCUCGCGCGAUGCCAAGGUGUUUCCCAACCCUGAGACAUUCGACCCCCAACGCUGGCUUGACGACAACGGGCAAGUCAGAGAUAAUCUCAAAUUCUUUUCGUUUGGCUUUGGGCGCCGUGUCUGCCCAGGUCAGCAGGUGGGGCACAGGUCACUGUUCAUCACUGCAGCGCUUCUCCUCUGGGCAUUCAAGCUAUCUGAAGAUCCUUCUGCUCCCAUAGACGAUAAAGCCUUUUCGGAUGGUGUCGUCGCCUUCCUACAGCCCUUCACCGUCAAGUUCGAACCUCGUUUCGAGGAGGGGAGUUUGAGGACUAUGAUGGAAUGAUCCAUAUUAAGUCUAAAAAGUACUGAUUACUGUGUGAUUUAGGCAUAGUCGUAGAGAGAUUGUAGCGAGCGAUUUCGAUAUCUCACAGUACCCUACAUGUCAUUCGUAGUCCCCUCCAAAUGAAAUCCUUGCAAUUCU